AUGGCAAGCAGCGUCCAUGGCAGCAGCAAGGACUUGCAUGUCCGAGUCGUGAGCCGGCGCCUCGUGGUGGCCUCCGACGCCUCCAUCGAGCCUCACGUCCUCACCGUCUCCAACCUCGACCUCCUCCCGCAAACCAUACAGGUGGGCAUGUUCUGCAUCUACCCCAAUCCGCCGGCCGCUGACUUCGCCGUUGUCCUCGCGGCCUUCGAGUCCGGCUUACCAUCCCUGCUGAAUCACUUCUUCCCGCUCGCCGGGCGCAUCGCGACCAGCCCGAGCUCCGGCCUCCCCGAGGUGCGCUGCUGCAACCAGGCGGUCUCCGCCUACCUGUGGAAGACCCUCGCCGGCGUCGUGGGCGCGGCGGACCCACGCUGCCGGAUGGGAUGGUGGGUGGACGCACUAAAAAAAAAUAUGUUGAUCCAUGAUGUUUCUUAA